GAGUUUUUAAAACAACCAGAGACGACGAGAAGCGAAUGGAUUUGCUGCAACUUUGACAGCUCCGGCGGUGGUGACUCCCGGCGGAUGAGGCGGUUACGGCGGUGGAAGUGCUGCCAGAGAGCAAUCUAUGGCGUCUAUCUAAGCUCUGCCAAACAAAUUCGUGAACGACAAUCCAACAUUGAUUGCCACUCCAUCUUCAUUCUUCUUCGCCGUCAUCUUGCUCUUGUAGAUUCGAGUUGCGUCAGGUGAUUCGCCUACUUUAACAUUGAAGUGGAUUCCUGGAGACGAGGAGCUUCAAUUGCGCGCUUUUCUGAAUUCAUUCAUGUUAAUCUGCAAUUCUACUAGUCAUCAGUAUUUGGUGCCCUAAUUUAAUGUUUUUGCAACCGCCUUCCGAGGCUUCGCUCUUUAAUUGUGUUUCUUCGCCGAGGAAGAGCUUACUUUUCUCGCCGUCUCUGAUUCCUUCAAUUAGUCGUUACAACAGUAAAUCUCGUCCAUUCAGUGGAAGAAGGGAGGCAAUUAAUCUGAAAAAUGUGAGGCGAACUUUGCUUCAAGCUCAAGCCUGUAAAAAUGGUGGAAAUAAGGAGAGCAGCAAUAAAUUGGGCGCCGCCACAAGGAGAGGAGCAGAAGCCAUUGUUUUGAAGCGAUUUUCCAGUGAAAAGGAAUCUAAUUACGCAUCUUUAUCCAGCACUAAUACGGAGAGUGGCAGCUACUACAAUUCGGCUUUUGAGCAGGAUCCUAUAGUGGAUAAGCUUAGAAAUCAGCUGGGUGUCAUCCAUCCGAUUCCCUCUCCUCCAAUAAAUCGCAAUAUACUAGGGCUUUUUGUUGUUUUCUUUUUUAUUGGGGUUGUUUCAGAUAAGUUGUGGACAUCAAGAAAGAGGGGUGCAAGGAGUAAUGGCAAUAAGCCUGGGAGUUGGCCUCAGGUUCCCACUGGCCUAUCCAUAUUUUUGGAGAAGGAACUACAGAGGAAAGAGUCGGUGGAAUGGGUGAACAUGGUGUUGGGGAAGCUGUGGAAGGUAUACAGAGGCGGGAUAGAGAAUUGGCUAAUUGGAUUGCUGCAGCCUGUCAUUGACAAUCUAAAGAAGCCUGAUUAUGUGCAAAGGGUAGAAAUCAAGCAGUUUUCUUUAGGGGACGAGCCAUUGUCUGUCAGGAGUGUUGAGCGCAGGACCUCUCGUCGAGUAAAUGACUUGCAAUACCAGAUUGGUCUACGGUAUGCUGGCGGUGCGCGUAUGCUUUUACUGCUAUCACUUAAGUUCGGCAUAUUUCCCAUUGUUGUGCCCGUGGGCGUGCGGGAUUUUGAUAUUGAUGGUGAACUUUGGGUUAAAUUACGACUGAUACCAACCGAGCCAUGGGUUGGUGCUGUUUCAUGGGCCUUUGUUUCUCUUCCAAAGAUAAAAUUUGAAUUGUCACCUUUCCGCUUAUUCAAUCUAAUGGAAAUUCCUGUCCUCUCUCUGUUUUUGAAGAAACUUCUUACUGAGGACCUACCGAAGCUAUUUGUGCGUCCAAAAAAGAUUGUUUUGGAUUUUCAGAAGGGAAUGGCGGUGGGACCUGUUACAAACGAUCCUAAACCAGGAGAUAUUCACGAGGGAAACAAUGACUUUGCUGGAGAAUUGUCAGUGACACUUCUAGAUGCACGAAAACUCACUUAUAUUUUCUAUGGGAAAACAGAUCCUUAUGUGAUUCUAAGAUUAGGAGAUCAAGUAAUACGUAGUAAACGCAACAGCCAAACUACUGUCAUUGGACCUCCCGGUGAACCUAUCUGGAAUCAGGAUUUUCACAUGUUAGUUGUUAACCCCAUGAAAGAAAGGCUAUACAUAGAAGUAAAAGACUCUCUUGGAUUCACAGACUCGACAAUAGGUGCUGCAGAGGUUGAUCUUGGAUCUCUCAAAGAUACUGUACCAGCAGACAGGAUUGUGCAACUCAGAGGUUGGAACCCAUUCGGUAAGGGAUCUGUUGGAGAAAUUCUAUUGCGACUGACAUACAAAGCAUAUGUUGAGGAUGAAGAAGAUGAGAGGUCUGAAAAAACAGAGAAGUCUGAGGAUGAAUUGACUGACUUAGACGAACCAGACAUGCCAUUGUCUGACCAGCGCUCAAAGAAUUACUUGAUCGAUCCAGACAAGGAAUCUUUUAUUAAUGUUCUAGCCGACAUUUUAGUAAGUGAGGAAUUCCAGGGGAUAGUAGCAUCAGAAACAGUGAGUUCCAAGCCUUUAGAUGCAGGCGCUGAUUCAAAGGAAUCCAGCAGGAGUAAUGUUGGAUCCAUCCCACAAGCAUUGGAGAGUGGUGCUGAUCGUUCACAAGGAUCAACGACAACAACCAUGUUGUUUUGGCUUGCAUUGAUCACAGGUGCUUUAGUUCUCAUAGCUACGAGUAUGGAAGGGACAAGUUUAUUCAACCCUUGACAGGUGACAUGUAAUGAAUUCCAAGGUAUUGCAAGUCAUGUUAGGUAACUCAAGACACAGCUAAAGGUCUUAUUUUUGCCCAAUCAUUCGGUAUCAUUGAUUCAGUAGAGAAGAGGAUUAAAGAAAUGCAAGCCCAAUUUGUUUGUAUUUUUGGAUAUUUUGUAUUUGAAAUAUUUUGAAUGAAAUAAAAGUUUUAGAAGA